AAGGUUUACGUGAUAUCAAAUAUUUACCAAUUCCAUCGGCCAAUGAAUUAAUUCAAGCUUAUUGUGAAAAAACCGGUCGACAAUAUCCAAUACCGAAUUUUGAAUUUUGUAUCGCGUUUUCAUUUUUUCGGUUGGCUGUUAUUUUACAGGGAAUUGCCGCACGUAUAGCUCGUAAACAAGCCAGUUCUGCUGAAGCAAAUGAAUAUG